GGACAGAGACGUGGAGUUUUGUAAAAUAGACUUUGUAGUGGCUGCAGGGCUGUUUGCCUCUCUUAUUAAAUUUCUCUCUAAAAGAAGAGCUAGCAGGAAUAUAAAGCACCUUCAGAUAUCUCUGAACUGCUUGUGGAAGGAACUGAGGAAACUUUUCUCCCUAAGAGUCUUGCUGACUACCUGGCCCUGCAGAAAAAAUGAGUGACAGCCUGGACGAUGGCUCUUUCAUGUUCACAUCGGAGUCCGUAGGAGAGGGACAUCCAGAUAAGAUCUGUGACCAGAUCAGUGAUGCUGUCCUGGACGCUCACCUGAGGCAGGACCCAGAUGCCAAAGUGGCCUGUGAGACGGUGUGUAAGACUGGCAUGGUGUUGCUCUGUGGAGAGAUCACAUCCCGGGCCAACGUGGACUACCAAAAGGUGGUGAGGGACGCCAUCAAACACAUCGGCUACGACAACUCUGACAAAGGUUUUGACUAUAAGACCUGUAAUGUGCUGGUGGCUCUGGAGCAGCAGAGUCCCGACAUUGCUCAGGGCGUCCACAUUGACAGACAGGAGGAGGACAUUGGAGCGGGGGAUCAGGGUCUGAUGUUUGGCUAUGCCACAGAUGAGACUGAGGAGUGCAUGCCUCUCACCAUCGUCUUAGCUCACAAACUCAACUCAAAGAUGGCUGAACUCAGACGCAACGGCUCCAUCCCCUGGCUGCGCCCUGACUCUAAAACACAGGUGACUGUACAUUAUGAACAGAAGAAUGGAGCGGUGAUCCCCAAGAGAGUUCACACCAUCGUAAUCUCCGUCCAGCACGAUGAUAUUGUUACUUUGGAGGAACAGAAGAAGGUCCUCAAGGAGAAGGUGAUCACUGCUGUGGUUCCUGCUAAAUAUUUGGACAACAAGACCAUCUACCACCUCCAGCCUAGUGGUCGCUUUGUCAUUGGAGGACCUCAGGGUGAUGCUGGUGUGACAGGCAGGAAGAUCAUUGUCGACACAUAUGGAGGUUGGGGUGCACAUGGUGGUGGAGCUUUCUCCGGCAAAGACUUCUCAAAGGUGGACCGCUCCGCUGCCUACGCUGCUCGCUGGGUCGCCAAGUCUCUAGUCAAAGCUAAACUGUGCAGGAGAGUUCUGGUUCAGGUGUCUUAUGCUAUCGGAGUGGCACAUCCUCUGUCCAUCUCCUUGUUCACCUACGGUUCCUCUGAGAAAUCAGAGUCAGAGCUGCUGAAGAUUGUCAACAAGAACUUUGAUCUGCGGCCAGGAGUCAUUGUCAGGGAACUGAACCUGAAGAGGCCCAUCUACCAGCAGACAGCCUCCUACGGCCACUUUGGUCGACCAGAGUUUACUUGGGAGAUGCCUAAAAAGCUUGUGUACUAAAUAUUCCACCUGCUCGUCUUUUAGGCUGAACGUGGCGCCUCUUUCUCGGCUACGGCUAACAGCUCCUUCGACUGAUUGGACAUUUUUAAAUAGGAAGAACUAAAGCCAAAGUUAGCGAUAAGUAAGAUUAAAAGAGAUGAGGAAUAUCAUUAUGCAGAAGUUGUUGUAGGCAAACAACAUAUGGAGCAGACAGACAAUGCAGAGGACAUCUCAGUAACCAAUCCUUUCCUCCCGGGUCCUUGAACAUCGAAUUAUUGGUGCUUUAUAAAUAUGGGUACAAUCGCUAGUCAAAGAUCUUCCGUAGUAAGGUAUAGGAGCAGCAAAUAAAAUCCGCUGAAGAUAAAUAUUUUUAACCCACUAGGAUCAGGGUUUUACCUCAAAACUGCAAAUGUUCCUUUAGUAGGAUGUACAGAAACAACCUCAGUGCUUUAUUUACAGCAAAUACUUCAUCAGUGACCAUCAUGGAUAUACUAUUUUUGCUCAACAAAAGGCUCAGCUUUAGGAGAAAAUGUAAUCUUUUUGUCAUGACUGUAAAAUUCCUUUUCUAAGUCUUAAUUUGUAAUGUGUGCUACAGCUGUUAGCACUGUUACCCUCACCGUUGUACAUCAAGCCAGGUCAUUAAAACGUGGAGAGCUCUGAUCUCUUCAACAUUAUGUUACAAUCAGUAAAUAGCCAUACGGUUUUCACAGUGCACUUCUUUUCUGUCAUCCUUUCAGCCACAAACUGCCCGGCUGAUUUGUAUCUUUAAAUGUUAUUUUUGUUUUACCUGUAGGCCGGCUGCCCAAAGAGUUUAUGGAUGUGACUUAUUUUAACCAAACACGUGAAGUCUUAAUCAGUCUCUUCUCUUUGCAGUGGAUUACCAGGCUGCACACUGUUGAGACUAAGCAUUUAGUUCACCACUGAUGUCUUACAGUUUUGCAAUUUUAUAAUAUCUGACACCCUUGGUGUAGAUGCAGAUCUCCUUUAUCUUUGAGAUACAUAACUCACUUAUCUCUCAAUGUUCUCUGCAGCCCUUCAUUGCGGAUUGAGAGCGUCUUUCGUGGAUUUAAAAUAAAGAAGGGAGUUUGUAAAAAUAUAUUUCUCCAAAAGGCAUUUUGAACAUUGAUUUUUAAGUCAGCUUUCGCGAUUGCUUGAUAAAAGUAUUUAAUCCAAUUAAUUCCUUCUGAUGGGAUUGAGGAAGUGUGAACAGUACUCACCUCAAAACGUCAUGUCUGCAGAGGUGUAGGACUUCGUGGCUAGUGAAACAACCCUUGCUUUCUUUUACGGCCGAAUUGUUUUCUAUUUAAUGUGUUGAUCUGUGUUGACUCUGUUGGAAGAGAAACUGGACAAUGUAAAUAAUUAAACAAUAAAGAAAAUGAAAGAUAAA